AUGGAAAUCAACCAGCUACCCAUGGUUAGUGACAAUGCUACCAAUCCAGUCGUCGAUCCUACUUCUGCCAUGGGAAUCUGUUGCCUCGCUCUAUCCACCGUCCUCGGCGAUAAAGUCUCAUUUCCCCCCACCAAUCGCUACAAAUCAUGCAUAGACGCCUAUUUCUCACAACAAAACUCUAACCUCCAGCCACUGUGCAUCGUCUCCCCCACCACAGUAGAAGAAGUCUCUACCGCUAUUACCACCAUCACAAAGAGCGACUGCCAAUUCGCCAUCCGCUCCGGCGGCCACACCAGCUUUGGCGGCGCAUGCAACAUCGCCAACGGCAUCACCAUUGACCUGCGCGCACUCAAUUCCAUCACCCUCAGCAAUGAUCGCACCACAGUGUCGGUCGGCGUGGGCGCAUCCUGGGGCGACGUCUACGCGUUCCUCGACCCGCUAGGUCUCUCCGUAGCAGGCGGACGAGCCGCACAGGUCGGCGUGGGCGGGCUCACCAUCGGCGGGGGGAUCUCCUACUUCUCGCCGCGGUACGGCUGGACCUGCGACACGGUAACCAAUUUUGAGGUGGUGCUCGCGAACGGGACAGUCGUGCAGGCGAACGAGAACGAAAAUCCCGACCUCCUUGUGGCACUCCGCGGCGGGGCGGCCAACUUUGGUAUCAUUACAAGGGUGGAUUUCCGUGCGUUUGAGCAGGGGCCUAUCUGGGGCGGGACUGUUUACUGUGCUCUUGACACGAUUGACGAGCAGCUGCGCGCAUUUGCGGAUCUGAACUCGGCGAAGGGUUAUGAUGAGUAUGCGUCGCUGAUUACCAGUUUUGGGUUCGCGAAGGGAAAGGGUGCGGCGGUGGUAAAUAGUGUUGUGUAUACCAAGGCUGAGGAGCGGCCGGCUGCCUUUGAGCCGAUUAUGAAGAUUCCGUCGAUGUUCAGUACGGUGCGGCUGAGGAGCAUCCACGAGAUGUCGCUAGAGCAGGGCUCGUUUGCGCCGAACGGGAAGAGACAACUGUCUGCCGUGACGACGCAUGCUUCGACCGUUCCCAUGCUCAACGCAACGUAUCUACGGUGGAGUGCUAGUUUGGCGGCCAUCGAGGAUGUCCCUGGCAUUGUGUGGUCCAUCUCGUUGGAGCCGCUGCCUCCCGCGAUCUAUGCUCGGGGGUCUACUAUGAAUUCUAUGGGUCUGUCGCAGGCUUCUGGCGCCCUGGUUGUCACUCUCCUCAGUGCUACGUGGGAGGACGAGGUGGACGAUGGUAAAGUUGAGCAAGCCGCGCGCGCACUGUUUGCUGGGAUUGAAGAGGACGCACGCAAGUUGGAUGCCCACGAGCCAUACGUUUAUCUGAACUACGCGGCCGAGUGGCAGGAUCCGAUAGCUUCCUACGGCAAGAAGAGUGUCGAGAAGCUGCAGCAAGUGAGCCAGGCUGUGGAUCCAAAGGGGAUCUUCAAGAGCAAGAUGCCUGGUGGUUUCAAAAUUCCUACGAGUAGCUAG